GACCCGGAAGUGUUGAGUGUGUGCUCCAUGUGACAGCUGCAUGACAGAGGCAGGGAUGGUGGGAAGAUGAAUCUGUUACCGAAGAGUAGUAAGGAGUUCUCCUCCAGCGAGUACUGGGAGCAGUUCUUCAGGCGCAGGGGGGAGCGGGCCUUCGAGUGGUAUGGAGGAUACUUGGAGCUGUGUGGGGUGCUGCACAAAUACAUAAAACCCAAAGACAAGGUGCUAGUGGUGGGCUGUGGUAACUCAGAGUUAAGUGAAAGGCUAUAUGAUGCUGGAUGCCAGAAUCUGACCAACAUUGAUGUGAGCGAGGUGGUCAUUCGUCAGAUGAACGAGCGAAAUGGCAAAAAAAGACCUCUGAUGACCUACCAAUUGAUGGACGCCACACAGACUACAUUUCCUGAUUCCCACUUUCAGGCUGUGUUGGAUAAGGGGACAUUGGAUGCCAUUCUCCCUGAUACAGAAGAGAAAACUCUGGAAACUGCUACAAAAUUGCUGCUUGAAAUUGGUCGUGUCUUGCAAUUUGGUGGACGAUAUUUGUGUGUAUCUCUGGCUCAAGGCCACGUCUUGGACAAACUAGUAAAUCAGUUCUCCCAAGGAGGAUGGAUGGUUCGAGUUCAUCAAGUAUCAGAGGGCAGCAGCAAUGAGUCUGGCAGUCAGUUUCCUUUACCAGUGUUUGUAUUUGUAAUGACAAAGGUACGACAGAUGCCAGGCUUUCCACAAGUCUUGGAAAUGAUGGCUGAUAAGGAGGGCGCCAAGCCUCUGCGUUGUUCAAGCCCUGAUGAACUAAUGGCAGCAGUGAAAGAACGACAGCAAUAUGCACUAAUCCGUAACCGCCUGAACCAAAAUCAGACUUCUCAGGAAGUGCCAUUAGACUUGUGUGAUGGAGAUUCUGGAAGAACCCGUUACACCUUUAAUGUGGUAGAUAGUCCUACAGUACGCCUAUCUCAUGCCAAUCACUUUGCUGUUUUUAUAAUUCCCCAGGGAAGAGAAACCGAGUGGUUGUUUGGUUCUGAACCUGGACGGAGACAAUUGGCAGGAAGCGUUGGGUUCCGUCGUCUGAUAAUCGUGGCCUUGCACAGGGAUCAGCAGUAUGAAAACAUGGAAGCUAUUCAGUCAGAGUUAACUGCUAAAGUUCUAGAAUUGGCUCCGUCAGGAUUGCCAGAUAACUACCAGAUACCAUUUCUAUCAGCUGGAGGAGACAUAGGAACCCGAACAGUGCAAUAUCGUGGACAGAGUGAACUGAGUGGGGAAUAUGUAGUUGAGGAUGCCCGAGGGGAUGGAACCAGCUACUUCAGGCGUCUUAUAUUCCUCAGUAACCAAAAUGUGGUGCAGUCGGAGGCCAGACUACUGCCAAGUGCCACCCAAAGAGGUCUAAAAAAGAAGAAAAAAAAGAAACCCCCGCCAGCAGACAAGGGAGAGACUCCGUCGUCACUUAUUAUUGACAAAAGCUACUUGUGCUGUGAACAUCAUAAAGUAAUGAUCUCGGGACUGGCACUCCUCCGCAAUCCAGGAGUACUUCCAGACCAGCGCAUAUCUGUAUUGGUGGUAGGACUGGGAGGAGGAAGCUUAUCCCUUUUUAUUCAUGACUAUUUCUUGGGUUCACAUGUUGAAGCUGUUGAAAUUGACCCUUCCGUAUUGGAUGUGGCUACCAGUUGGUUUGGUUUCACUCAAGAUGAGCGUAUGAAAGUUCAUUUAGCUGAUGGAUUGGUUCAUAUCAACAACCUGGCAGACAAAGACAAAGCUGCUUAUGACGUGAUAAUGUUUGAUGUGGACAGUAAAGACACCAGUCUUGGCAUGAGCUGUCCACCACCUGCUUUUGUGGAGAAAAUCUUUCUUCAAAAUGUGCACAAACUCCUCAAGAAUAAUGGGGUCUUUAUUUUGAAUCUGGUGUGCCGUGAUGCCAUUUUGAAGAGACAGGUGACAAGUGUCAUUCAAGAAGUCUUCCCACUGAUUUAUGCUCUGAUGAUCGAGGAUGAAGUGAAUGAAAUCCUAUUUUGUUGCCCCAAUCCUGAACUGAAAAUUAGCCUGACAGAAUUAAUGGAAUCUGCUAAAAACCUGGAGAAAGAGUUAAAGAGGCCUGGAGUUCUCUGGGAUGAGACCUAUACCCUGUCCGAAAUGUUCAAGUCAAUACAAAUAGUUUGAAUAUUCUGCAGUCUUUUUAGCACAUGGAAAACAUUGAACAUUCUACCUUAUCAAGAGAAGAACACUAAUUGGUGUCUGUAACAGAUGAGGUGUAACUCCAUUUUUUUGUUAAAAUGUAUAUAACCUAUACAAUAUAGCAUAAUUUCUGCA